UCGAAGCAGCAGCUCAGCAGCAAAGCAACCCAAUGUCGGCUACUUGGGAGCGAACGACACAGCAGUCUGAAGAAAGCGUUCCACCAGUGAAGACGCAAAAUCGUACGACGUGUGGUGUUUCGAAAGUCGUUUCAACGAUAGGGUACCCCCACCCCAACCUCUACACAUUACUCUCUUGUGUGCAGUGUAGACACAUAAGUUGAAAAGCUAUUAAUCUCAAAAAACUCGGAGGCGAGAAGGAGAAUUUUGUGAGAGAGUAAAAAAGGAAUAAGACUCAUUGGAGGGUGAAAAAAUAACUAUUUUCGAUUAUUGACAAUAUAUUUUGACAAAUUAACAGACACUGUUUGUGUGAAGAGAUCUUCAAAGUGUAUAGUGUGCAAAAGACAAAAAAAUACAAAAGUGGAAGAAAAAGAAAAAGGCUAGCGGCAAGGCCGAACAGUACUUCUUUGAAUGUGAUUUAAAGUGAUUGGUGUGACUUAUUGAGCCAAUUUUUUUUUCUCUCUCUUGGUCUUCGAGCAAUCAUCUUCUGAUUGGCAGCCAGUGUUCAGGCCCAACAAUAAACGUAAUAUCGGGGUGAAUAGGAUAAUUCACCAUCUGAUAGUCUUCUGAGUGUGUAAUUCGGGCUAGAAGAUUCUUUUAAAAAUAGAGAUAGUGCUUGAGAGUGAAGCUUAUUGGGUGUAAUAUACCUUAACAGAAGGAGCUAUAUAUGCUGCGGUUGGACUAUUUUUAGGACACCAAAAUAUACACAUCAUAUACAUUUUUAUGCUGCCGCUUUUCACUCUCAAGUGUGUUGUGUUUUUCGAUUUUGUGUGAUUUUGUUUUUUUUUUCGAACACAAAGAGAGGAGGGCAUACGCUUGAUCAAAUUGUGUCAAUUGCGGUCACACCACAAUUAAUAACUCUGUGCCCAAGCAAAAGAAGCAACAAAGAAUUCAAACAAAAUUACAACGUUCGAAGGACUCUAUAAAAAAAAAACAACUCCUGGCAAACACCUAAUGAGAUUAGUGGUGAUGUUAAAAAAAUUAGCACAAAAGGAAUAAAUAGUGAACAAUUUAAAUUGAAAUUGUUUGAAGAGAGAAACAAACUUUUAUAUAUUGUCACGCACAAUUUAUAUUCAAUUACUAUCGGAAAUAAGUGAGCGAUAAACUUUCAAGGUAUCCGCAUUUAAUAUUUACCGUGGAUACUCAGCGGUGUACUUGAUACAGCCGUUUGGAAGACAGCAGAAAAAAAAACAACAAUAGAAACGCGACGGUGUUGAAAUUGAAGAAAUAGUGAAAGGACUGAAUACAGACAAAAAGUGGUGAGAAGAAUUUUUGGCAAGGUGAAAAAGUAGGUGUAGGAGCCAGUUAGAAAGGGGGAGAAGAAGUGCAUCGAUCUCAAAAACUAUCAAGCUGAAGCAGUUCAACAGCUGAUAGAGGUGAACACUGUUCUCUCGCCUGGUUUAAAUGCCCCCCAAGUUUAAGUAUUAUAGCUUGAGUGGUAUGCGUGCCUAUGAGACCGCCAGCUAGAAAGUCCCUCGUUAACAAUCGACCAUCAACACACUCGCGAAUCGACCUAUGCUGUCGAUGGAACAUAGAGAGGAACCGUGAAGUGUGAAUGCUGCAUUAAAUUACGCUUCAUUUCAGGCGUAAGUGAAUCUGUAAUUGAUUUGAAAAUUAAAAAAAAAAACAAUACUGGGAUCAUAACUGAAUAAAGGGUAUCCCAAGACCAAAUUUGUGAUAUUGAGAGGAGGACUACGAAAAAUAAAAAAGAAUCCCCAUAAAAGGAGCAAAAAUUCCAAGGAGGGAUUUUCUCAAUCAAAACCGUUUUCUUCGUUCUUUUCUGCGGGGUGAACAUAUUUUCACACAUACAGCCGCGAAGGAAUGAAAAAAAAGUAAUUUCAUAUUAAAUAAUAAAUAUAGUACCACCAUAUACAAACGAACCGUAAAAACCCAUAAACGCUUAAGAGGGAAAACCAUAUCUCAACAGUACAUAGUUACUAUAUUAUCACAUCUACAACAAUAUAAAUAACACUGUGAAAAAAAGAACGUAAAGAGAGAAGUCCCAUAGCCGAAGCGGUAAAGCAGAAGGCAAAGCGAGCAAAAAAAAAAUCAAAUACAGAGCCAACAAACAAGUGAAGGAGAAAUCAUCUGCACACAUUGGCAAAUAUGACUCUCCCCACCACAACACUAAAUGCUUCCGAUGACGAUUCGGAUAUGUUCGGACCGCCGCGUUCAUCACCUUUACGCCACAAUAGGCCACGGGUGCCGAUGAUUUCGGCAAAAUUGCGCCUGAGAGAGGAGAGGAAAAGGAUAUUACAAUUGUGUGCACACAAACUUGAAAAGAUUAAGGACUCGGAGGCAAAUCUGAGACGGAGUGUCUGCAUCAAUAACACAUAUUCACGGCUAACGGAUGAAGUGAGAAGGGAGAAGCAGAGCAGAUAUUUAGCAAAUUUACCAAAAUCAGAGACGUCCAAAACGGACAAUGUCGCACAAAUCAGCAGCUCAUCAGGCAAUACUUGUGAUGUUCCCGCCACUACAGUGAAACCUAAGCGUAUGUCCUCAGCGACAGACGCAGAUCUCGAGACCCUAGAUCGGGAAAUCAAUGCGUUGGACGCAGCGAUGCCCCUGGUUGAUCCUGAGAUCACUCAAGGUGCCGAGCAACUUGAGAAGGCGCUCGUAUCACGCAAGAGAACCCGAAUGGAGGAGGACAACGAUCGCCUGGUGCGUGAAGCCCUAUCGCAAUUCUACCUGCCCAGUCCACGUCUUCUAUCCGGCAUCGACGACUGCCCUCUGGUGGCGGAGAAGCGACCCAAGACCGACCUCGAGUUAGACCUCAAUCUCGAUCUCAAUCAGAACCAACGUGAAUUCGAGGUGAUAAUGGAAACACUGAGGUUGGGUGAUUCCUGUGGCCAGGCAGCCAUGAUGAGUGACAAUGGUGUGUUCCAUAACUUGGUCGUGGCGUCGUUGGAAACGUGAAACAGGCCCCCAUACGGUGAAUUUCAGUACAUCAACUAACAGUCACCAUUAUUGCAUGAUGUUUAAAGAGAUGUUUGUGUUAAAAACUCUUUUACCGAAAAUUCACCCGCAAAUUGACCAUCUUCCUCCCCUCCCCGACCCCCCCCCUGGUGACAAAAAAGUUCUAGAUCAAAAGCGCGCAUCCCAAAAAAGAAAAAAAGAUAACAAAAUGAGAGAUUUUGAGACAAAGAGGAUUAGGAAACUGAAAACAUCAUCAAAAUGCAAUCUACAUUGCCAAUUAAUCAAAUAAUUCAACUCUUUUGAAAAUGUUACCGUGCAAUUUCAAUGCGUCAAUGCUACUUUAUGAUACUUUUAUCCCUCCCUCGGCAUCAACUUUUCUAGAGUUUUUCUUUUCUUCUUCGACUCCACUCAAAUGUGCAUUGUUGCAAAACAUUCACUCCAACCACUUCGAGCAACAUUCACAUUAAGGCGUAUUUCACUUUUUACAAUAUACUGCUUCUUUUUUUUUAAGUCUUUGACAAUAUACUCAAACUCUCCAAAAUUGUAAAAUCUUCGGCACAUUUUUCAACACAUUUAGACACUCACACAUACCAUUGGACAUAUAUAGCUUUUCAAAAGAUUUACAGGUGAAAAAUUUGUAAAUUAACCAAAUGAAAAGUCGGUCUUAAUACCCAUCACCUUGACACACUAAAAAUAUGUCGCUGUAUUCCUCAAUGAAAGUAAUUAAUUUUGGUGCAAAACUACAAUUUUUUUUUUCCUCCAAAUAUUAUCGCUCAAGGUAUAUAAUCAAAAAUUAUAUUUGUGAUGAUAGCAAUCAAAUAUACCAUAGUGUUCUAUUUUUGGGACAGGGACUGUUUUGGUGGCUAUUAAACACUUAAUUGAAAGUUAAAUAGGGGGUGGUUGGAGAAAUUUGUCUGAGCCGGAAAGAAUGACUCUGGAGAAGAAGCCCGAGAAUAUUACUGAAAGAAAAACACACAACAUAACACAUUAUUGAGCUGUGAUAUUAUUUAAUAAGGAAUUAUAUAAAGUUGUGUAAAACGUAAUAUGACUGGAUAAUUGCUUAAGCGGAAGAAUAGACGCAUUUAUUUCUUUCCCUUUCUACUCUCCCUUCUAUAAUUCUAUUUUCGGAAUAAUCUUUUUUGCUGCGGAAAAGCAGAAAAGUUCGCAAAAGCAAACCUAUAUUUUUUCUGUUUAAUUAAAAUAAGAAAAAAACAACUUAAAGAUACAAGUUAAAGUAUAGGUUCUGUUGAAUUUACGAAAAAAUUUCAGAUUAGAUUUAUAUUUCAAAAAAAACUUUGUGAAUUUCGAAAAUAUAUUUGUGAUUUUGAAUCAUGGAUAUGUCCAUUUUAUUCCAGUAUUUUGUUUUUAAAUUUAAAAUACCUCUGAAAUUGUCAAACUGACAGAUAAAUAAGAAGGAAUAUAGAAUAUCGAAUAUCACAAUGUCGCAUUCAAUUUCGAAAGAUAAUAAAGCUCAAAGAACGAAUUACGAAUUUUGUUGCGCGAUGUUCGAAACUAUAUCAAACGAUAUUCUGAAAGAAGACAUUAAACGACAUGUCGAUAAAACCUAAAAUUUACGAAAAUAUUGUACGUAAACAUCAUUGAUGUCUCUCGAAGUGGUAUCGAUUUCUCCUAAGAGCGCUACUAAUGCUAACCUGUAAGUUACCCCUUCGAGAGGGAUAUCCUACAGAUGUGUAGUGAUGAGAAUUAGUUCACUAGUUCAUUCAGGAAGAACGUUGAAGGUUCUGAAGAAAUUGCUGAUGACCAAGACGCUCAUUCACCUAAUUUCCUCAUGGGCUUCCGUCUUUAUAAAUUUCUUAUUAGGGGCUUUUGGUAAUUUUUAUGGCAUUGCCACAUGUAAGUUCGAAACUUGACAAUGACAAUUGAGCUUUCUUAUCAUAUAAGUUCGAAAAUGCAAUUCAGUGAUUUUUUUUUAAUAAACUCCUCUUCACUUGAUGGUUUACAAAUACAGGGGUGACAUGAUAACUUAUUUUCGAUACUAUCAUCUGUCGAUUCUGAAAAAUUUAUACGAUAGCAGAACUUCCUGAAACGAAUACAUAUAUUUAUAAACAGUCACAUUCUUUUAAGAAUGUCACAAUGAAUGGCCCAGCAAUGCGUAAAAAGUCGACAUUCACUUAAUCUAAUAGAUAUAGAUUUAUCGAUACUAUCGAUUCGAUAGUGUCGAAAAGUUAUCAUUCCACCCCAGGCCAUUCUAGUCGAUUUGUUUUAUAAAAUUCAUUGUCACUUGAAUUGCUGGAAAUCUUAAAUCUGUGACUUCUGACAUGGCUAUAUGACUAUGUCACGAUUGUAGAAUCAUAUUUUCGAAAAAGCUCUAUUGAGAUUCGAACUUAAUUUACCAUGGGACGUUGCCAAAGUGUGACAGAAUUCCUCUACUGAUCGGAUCAAACAAUUUUUACUAAAAAGUUUCAAUGUUUUGAAAAGGUAAUAACACCUUUAAUCUUUUCGUUUAUUUUUUAGCAAAAACAUGUUUCAUUAUAGAGAAUAAAUAAAAUCCUUGUAAUUCCUAUCUGUCGACAUUCUAUCCGAAUGUCGAUCGUUCUGUCGUAAACAAGUUAGCGAUUUUCUGUCAAGUUUAAAAUUUAUAAACUUCCAAAAUGUUUUUAAAACAUUUAAGAUAUAUCCCUUCUUAAACUCAUAAAACACUUUAGUAUUCCAAACGACUGAAUAAAACCAUUUAAAUUCCGUUAAAUAAUGUUCAUGGACCUAUCGAAGCAUUUUCGGACAUAUUAACAUCCAAGUGAUACGAAAGAGAUCCUAAAAUCUCAUGCUAAAACUGCAUGCAGAGAAAGAGGUCAGAAUGCAGUACAAAGCAAAGAAGGCACAAAGAAGGAAGGGUAGAUAGAGAAAAGAGUUGAUUAGCAACUGAAAACUAAUUGCACGCCUCUUUAUAUACCAGCAAAAUCCACACAAUAUUAUUUAUUAGGUGUAAUGAUAGUAGAAAUAAAAAAAAGAGAGUAUAUAAAUCAGAGAAAUCAAGGCGGGUUAGUUUAUUAGCACAAAGAGAGGGCAACAAGAGGCGAAAAGAAGAAAUAAUAUUAAAAAAAAAACGGAACAGACUACCAAAAGACACUCCGGAGCUAAAGCACUGUGAAAAGAGAAAAGAGACACAGUGAAAAAGAGGAUGAUAAAACUUUCACGCAUCAAUUCUUCGUAGUGUGUUAAGAAAUGUGUGCGGUCUCUGGGGGAUGGGUGUGAGCGUGUUGGUAAAAUUGUAGCAAGAGGUUGACACCUGUUGCCCUUUCAUAUCUAAUUAAAAUACUAACUAAUUAGAUCCCAAAAAGAGUCCAUUGAAUGAGGGAAAAAGUGCAAGUGUUGGACAGUGCAGAGAACAAUGGCUUUUGCAAUUCAAUUGAUAUUCUCAAUGCAAAAUUCGCGCCAAAUCUCACUGGCUUGGACUUCUUCUCGCAGCACCGGAGUGUCCUCCUAUUUUACCUUGUCCAAAAAAAAAUGAAAGAGAAAGAAUAAAAUGGAUAAACAUGUUGCUGCUUGAGUUGAAAGACGAAAAGUGUAUUGUUGAAUAUUUCUCCCUACUCUCGUGAAUUUUUCACGCGUAAAAUCAAUGUGAAAAUCGUUGAUGAAGCAAACAACGUUGCGGUGUAGGAAUUAGCACGAAAGAAAAAAAUAAGCUAACAGAACAAUGCUGGAAAUAAUGGCGCUCAAUCAUAUUCUAAAUUAGUUAUUCCUGAAUUCUUUGUAUUCAGAGGUAAGCUUUUCGAAGUUCUAGAAGUAUUCGAAAUAUUUUCGAAAAUGCAUACGAGGUGUUUGCACAUCUGUCGCUUAAUGGUGCUAUUCCAAUGAAAAAAUGAGCAUGCUUUUUUAGCACAUUACUGUUCUAAAGUACUAAAAAGACCAUGACUGUUCCCACAUGUUAUUUCAAUUAAUGUCGGUUGGAAAAUCGAUAAGAUUAAUUUAUUGUUUUCACUUUCAUAGUAUGUUCUUUAUCAUGAUUGACAAGAUGUAAGGUUCUUCUCUCUACACAAAAACGUCAUAUUUUCCCCAGGUUCAAAAUCACCAAAUAGAAAUAGUCAUGACAGGAACCGACACAAAAGCAAAGUUUAACCGAAAUCCGAAUUCGAAUAUUCUCUCCGAGCAAGCUUUCACCCGAUCACAAUGUCAUCUGACAUUCAGUCAGUGUGGAGUAACGUCAUGUCAGCUUUGUCGCGCAGCAUUACUAUUCUCUACUCGUUAUUAUCCUGGAAAUUCCGUAUGGGAACAGACAUGGUCUUUUUUAGUACGUGAGAACAGUAAUGUGCUAAAAAAAAUAUGGUCACUUUUUCAUUGGAAUAGCACCAUAAAAGCUGAUGGUACAAUUUCAUAUAAAACAAAUUCGGGCAUUUGCGAUCGAAUUUUCAUCCGAAUAAUCAAAAAAUUCGGAUAAAAAACUGUUCAAACUCGUGAUUAUCGUAAACUGCAUAAAACCCUUCAAACACUUUUAAAUGCAAUUACCACCCGAAUUGAAAAGUAUACCGAUUUUAAAAGAAUCGAAUUAGCAAGAGCCUACUGCACAUACUACAAUUUAUAUAUUUGACAUUUUUGACAAGUUAUCAACUUAUUAUUUUUUGUCAUUUUUCAAAACGAUUAAACCAGAUAAAAAUUCUGCGACUCCAUUACAUUAUUAAUUUUAACACUGAAUAUUCUAUAUAAAUUCCUAAGUUUUUAAUUAUCUCAAAAAUAAGUUCUAGAAUUCUGUAUUCUUAAAUAAUUUUAUAAUAAUCCGAAAAUCGGGUAUGGUAAUCUUCUUUUUUAAAUCAAUUGACCUCUGAGAUUCUUUAUUCUCAGAAUUGAAAUUUCAUUAAGCUACUUUCUAACUUGCUUAGUAAUUCUUUUAAAAACUUACAAACUGACCUGAAAAUCGAUUUUAAAAGCUUUCUUUUUAUCACUUAAUUGACUUUUGAGAUUCUUCAUCCUCAAAAUUUAUACUCAAAGCACAAGUUUGAAAGUGUUCGAUAAAAUUACAAUUGAAAAUUAAAAUUCUCUACCUUUCGAACACCCUGAGUUCUCUUUUAAGCUUUUCGAGCCUACUCAAAAAUCAGUUUUAGAAAUUCUUGUCCUUUUCUUUCAAAUUCUGAAGUCGUUUAUUCUCAAAGUUGAAAUUCUUCUUAUAUUAUUUUUGAAUUGAAUUAAAAAUUGGUUUCAUAACAAGAAUUGUCAACAGAAUUUUGCUAAUAUUAAAUUCGAAAAUUGUUUGUCGGGUUUCUGUCAAAAAUUUGAAUUUUCUAUCGAACAAAUCUUAUUUAACAAACGGAUUUACAAGACAGUUUCCUUUCUGAAUAUCGAAUCUUCAAUCGAUUAUUUAAAUUUUUCAUUUUUGAAUAAUUUCAUAUUUAUUACGAAAGGACAAUUUUUCAUAUUACAACAAUACAAAUAAUUUCGACGUUAUUUACUUGUCAGAAAUGCCAAAUAUUUGAAUCUCUAAGAUACAUCUAGCGCUCAAACGGCAAAUACGUAAACUCAUGUAUGCAACCCGAAUUAUGUAUUUUCGAACAACGUUAGAAUUUCGAAAAACUACUUAUGCAUGCAUGGAAUUUCAAUUUAAUUUUAGUAAAAACUAAAUUUCGACUGAAAUAAAUUUUGUAUUCCAGAAAAUCAAUGCAAACUAGAAAAUAUUUUCAACUAUAAAGAAAUAUAUGCGUCACUAUUUAAGCCACAAUACCGUGGAAAAUGCCUAUUUUUCCGCUCUUUUUGCGAACUAUGCUUAGAAUUGUCUUAUUUAUUUAUUUUCUCACAUUGUGCUAAUGAUUCGAAAAAAAUGUGUCUCACCACUUGAUGUCUCAAGAUGAUAUUUCACUCUCCAUACCUCUCUAUCUCAUCUCUCUCUCCUUCUCUCUGCGCAUUCUAAUCAAUGUUCUGAGUAAAGAAUGAGAAUAAUUUGAUGUCUGGCACGUGCAGUAAAAUUCACACACGAGUCACUUUUACUGACAAAUAGGAUGAAGAUCUAAGCGUUUUUGAACAAGUUAAUAACUCUGUUUUAUUUUUUUUUGAUAGACACCACGAUGAGGUGAGUUAUUUAGACAAGUUUGUGCAGAAAUAAAUGUAAAUAGAUGAGAGAAUAAGAAAAAAAAACGUAAAUUGUAUUUAGGACCAAAAGAACGUAAAUUAUUUAUGCCAGAAUAACAACUUAUACCGUAACAAAAUAUAAAAGAUUAUUGUUAAAUAAAAAUGAAACAUAAAAGAUGAAAAAACUCCAAAAGUGCUUGAAUUUAGAGAUUAAUUUGAAGGAAAACUAAAUGGAAUGAAAGUGAGAAAAAAAUCAUAAGAUUUUGUGGGCCAGAUAAAUUUUGUUGUCGGACGAAAAACAAAGAAAAAAUGAAUAGAAAAAAAAAGAUAAGAUUUCUAUAUAUUUUUAUGUUCAGAGAAAUUAAUCAGAAAGAUCUCACAUUGAUAUCAAAUUUCUGGUAUUUAUAUUAAAAAGUGUUUUAUUUUGUAACUAGUUUUUGUGUAAAGAAAAAAAAGCAUUAAAAAAUUGUUAUUAUAAAAAGUGGCACACAAAAAUUCAAAGAUUAGAAAUCUUGUAGCAAAAAAAAAGAAAGAUGAAAAAAUGAGUCAGUUCCAAAAAGUAGAAUGCCAAUAAUUAUUAUUAAUUAUCAAUUAAUAAUAAAUAAAUGUGUUUAUUCUUAUAAAUAGAGUAUAAACAUAGUAAAAAAAAGAAACAAAAGAAAAAUGCGUGAGGAAAUGAUAAAGUCCUCGCAGCAUUUAAAAGUAAAAAAAAAAACGAGAGAGAAAAAUGAAACUUAAAGAUUUAUUAUACAAUUAAUUAUAAAUUAUUAUAAAUUAAAAUAUACAAGACGAGAAAUGAAAACAAUGAUAGAAAAAAACCUAUAAAUAGAAAUAUAUUAAUUAAUUGUAGUCAAUUAAGGGCAUCUUGUACGUUAUUUGUCUCUUUUUUUUUAAUUUCAAUUUAUAAUGUAUAUUUUCCGUUUAAUAGUUUUAUUUUGUUAAAAUAAUUGUCAUCUAUGGCGUAGACAAAUUACCAAAAUAUAAAUUGAAAUUUUUGUUUAGA